AUCGCACCGUCGCUGCCGUCGAAUAGACGCUCAAAAUUUGUUCCCGUAUUACUCAUGGAUUAUUACACUCCACGUUCGAAGACGGGCGCGCGCCAGAAAAAGAUAUCGCUGUCAGCCAAGGAAUACACCAAGAUUGCAGGCACGAUCGCGUCAGUGCGCCGUAAUCGUGUACAGGGAGAUGAGCUGGAUAACGAGAUCGAUGGGCGCGGCCAUUCGUCGCGUGAAGUUCGCCAUGACGGCUACAACGAGCCCUCUUUCAUCGCCGAGACUUCCUUCGUGCGUGCACCCCUCAAUUCUCGCGUCAGCAGUGGUGUCGUUCCACCGAAGUCGAAGGGAAAAGGGAAACAGGAGAACCUGGAUCAUGUGUCGGUGGAGAUCCAAGAGGCCAUUAUUCUCGAGGACCUACUUUAUGUCCUCAUGGGCAUCGAAGGGACAUACAUGACUUUUCACCCCGACUACUCGCCUGAGGAAGAUGAUCCUUUACAAGGCGUUCAUUUUACUGUUGCACCCUCACUGGACUCGUCUUUGCGCGACCUCGUGGAACGAAUACUUCCUCUCGGCACGUAUUACACAGCCAUCUCAUCCUUUAUUGAACAUCGGAGCGAUCUUGACUACGGCCUCGUCAACCAUGCUCUCUGUGCCGCCAUCCGUGACAUGCUCAAGGAUUAUCAAACCCUCCUCUCUCAAUUAGAACAUGCCUUCAACUAUUCUCCUCAGUUCUCCCUUCAAAAACUAUGGUUCUACGUGCAUCCGACUAUUCAUACCCUAUCGUUAAUCUACCAACUCAUCUUAGAGCUAGGAUCGGCGGAUGAUCCAUCUGGGGAACUUUCAGGCUCUUCAUCUGAUAGCGAGAGUAUUGAUCCGGAGGAAGAAGCCCGUAACGAGGCCCUUGGUAUCGGAGGCGCAAAGCUCAAGGCCGUUCUCUCAGAAAUUGACAAGAAUGGCCUGACUACAAGUAGCGGCAUCGCUGUCAAGGGAGGAGAAGUCCUAACGAUCAUAUACGAGCGGACGCAAAACAUGUCUGGAGACCCCACGGCGAACACGUUAUACGGGUCUCUACUCAAAGCAGCGGGGAAGCCAUACGUCAACAUGCUAAAAAUAUGGAUGACGACUGGCAGAUUGGUGGACUCACAUGAGGAGCUAUUGGUGAAAGAGUCCAAGUUCAUCGAUCGGGGCAUUUUGGAGAUGGACUAUACCGACGAAUAUUGGGAACGGAGGUAUACGUUAAGGGAUGGGACGUCGUCUACAACGUCGAAGCGGCACUUAGCCGGUGUACCCUCUCCUCGGUCCAUCGGCGGAAGGCUACCCGGAGGCGCCUGUGUGCCUCCACUGCUCGAAGGGUGGAAACACAAAAUUCUACUCGCGGGAAAGUAUCUCAAUGUUAUUCGUGAGUGUGGCAUUGAAAUACGGCGAGAUCCGCACGACGAUGACGAGUGCAGUAUGGAUGAUGAAAAGUUUUAUGCGUUCAUCGAGAAAGCUUAUUCGCACGCCAAUCAGACACUCCUACAGCUCUUGAUUAAAGACCAGCAACUCAUUCCUCGCCUCCGAUCUUUCAAACGCUACUUCUUCCUAUCCCACUCCUCGUUCCUGACUCAUCUUCUCGACCUCUCUCAGAAUGAACUUCGCAAAUCAGCCAAGUCAGUGUCCAUUAUCAAAUUACAAAGUCUGCUAGACCUGGCGUUGAACAAUGAUGUUCACGGUGACGAAGCUUUGUUCAGAGAGGACGUCAAAGUAACGAUGGCUACCUCCGGGUUGUACGAAUGGUUGAUGAAGGUUGUAGGGGAGAGUGGUCAGAUCGGAGACGAAAUUGAUCCCGCGAAAGGAAGAGAUGAGAAGAAGGAGAAGGAGAGAGAUGAGAAGAAGCCAUUACUCGCCAUCGACGCACUAGUCUUUGACUACAAUGUCAAGUUCCCCCUAUCCCUCGUUAUAUCGCGCAAAACCGUCCUACGGUACCAGCUCCUCUUCCGUUUCCUUCUCAACCUGAAGCACGCCGAGCAGUCCCUCUCAUCCGUAUGGAUUGACCAUAAGACGACCACAUGGCGUCGAACAAUGCGAGACCAGCUAGAGUUCGAGAAGUGGAAACCUCGAGUGUUUUUACUUCGAGCGCGAAUGUUGUCUUUCGUACAGCAGAUUCUCGCUUUUGCGACAUUCGAGGUCCUUGAGCCUAAUUGGCGGGCGUUGGAGGGAAAGCUAGACAAGGUAUCCACUGUAGAUCAGCUGUUGAGAGAUCAUGUAGAUUUUCUGGAUACCUGUCUCAAGGAGUGUAUGCUGACUAGCUCAAAGCUAAUUAAGGCGUUCUCGAAAUUAAUUGCGACAUGUUCAAUGUUUGCGAUGUACGGGCCGUCGUUCACACGGUCUGCGAACAAAGCUGUGGAUGGUAUGGAAACAGAACAAGAUCAAGCUCGGCGGUGGGAUACAUUUAUCAAGUUUGAGGCCAACUUCAACCACUGGUUUCCGAUAUACCUGGACUGCGUGCAGUAUUAUGCAUCCAGUGAAAAUGUGUCACUUCUGCCGCUUGUGGUUCGAUUAAGCAGCAUCAAAACUGCGUCUGCAGCUCCACCGUCGUCGUCGUCUCAUCCGCCAGUACCCUCGUCGUAAUUUUUUUGGUCUCUUGCCGGCGCGGCUAUUUCAUCGCUCUGGACAUCCUGGGCGCUUCAAGUCGACCUCAAGGAAUCUCACAAUUUCCUUCCCUUACCUCAUCACUGCUUUGCUCGACCGAGCCAACCCUGGGCCUGAAUUGCCGUGGAGCCAAUAAAUGGUGUCUCCCCAAUUUGAUAGGUGGGCGUUGAAUUAUUUACAGGUACAAGGAUGAUAGCGGAAGACAGUGCCCUCCCGCGACUUAAGAGGGCGUUCUUGUGGUUGUCACCUUCGAUAUCUGUCAAUUAGGACUACAAUUCAUCUAGGUCUAGAUCUAAGCGCCAAGGUGGUGCUGUUAAUGUUUAUAUUAUGUUGACCUUUCAUGACGGUGUCCAAGCUACGAGCAUUGCGGAUCUAUGAAGCAUGCUCCUCAGGUAGGAGACG